AUGGCGGCGACGUGCUGCGAGGAACCAGAGGAUAGUGGGAGAAAAAAGAGUGGGCGGCAGUCGUCGCCGGGGCGGACAAUGCGCUUCGGGGCGAGGUACCUAACCCAGUACCCUACUGUCUACCGAUGGGAGGCGUCCCGUUCUUUUGGACUUCAGAUUGACAGCCCCGACUGGCUGUACCUGGCCGUGACGGAGGAAUUGGCAGUGAGACUAGGGGCUUUUUGGGGGCCAUCGCCGGGCGUCCUCGACGCUGAAGCAGCUUGGUGGGGGACGCUGGAGGCUCCUCCCCGUGGCCAGUGCGUAGCAACCUCGUACUCUGCUCAAUUAUUGCAAUCCAUAUUCCAUGGGAGUUUGGUUCAUCUUGUGGCCUCCAGAAUAACUUCACAAGAGAAGCUUGCUGGCAAAAAUCAAGGUCAGGAGCAUGGUCAGGGCCAACAGGGGCUUGGAGUUCCAGAAGCACGGACAAGGUACGGAGCACUUCGUACAUGUCCUGGCCUUGAUUUUGGUGCUAAGCUGUCUCUGGUGCGGCCCGCCUUACAUAAGGCGCCGUCUUCUCUCCCCAAGCUGACACUGAGGGAUGCGGUUAGAAGCACCGCAGAUCGGGAAGCCGAUGAGAUGGAUGCUUUGUCUGUACCGUCCAGUACGGAGUACCUACGCACAUCUACCUACUCUACUCUCUGCUCUUGUCCAAUUGUCAGAAACACACGACCAGACGGACAGGGACCUCGUCAACCAAUCGACGACAACCUACUAGACCUAGACGGAGACGACGACCAGGAGUGUCUUCCAGCGGGCGUGGAUCCGCACCUGGGCCUUUGCAACGUCGAAAUCACCGUGGCCGGGCCAAUGAUCAGUAGAGAGGAGCUCGGCGAGGUCUCAUCCAGCCAGAAGUUGCCCGCAACGAAGCCGAAGUCCCCUGGACUCUGGAGUCCCUGGCGUCCCUGGGCGGGAAAAGAACAGGGGAAAGGGGUCUCGCACUGGUUUGCCUGGCCUGACUGGUCUGAAAACUCCUUGUUCGCCGCCCUGACUAAUGUAAAAUUUCCUCGCGCUACCGCUGACCACAGACCAGGCACGGAGAUGGCCUCUCUGGGCCCUGUGUGA